CAAAAGCUUGUAAGAAGUUACUGGACCUUUCAAGAGAAGCUUAAGUAACAGAGAAAAAUUAUUAGGAAAAGGAGAAAAUGAUGAAUCUCCUGAUGCUUCUGCUGUUUGCCUUGCUGCUGACAGUCCCCUGCUGUUGUGAAGGAGUUUCAUCCAAAACAUUUGAUGAAGGGAUUAAAAUUGGUCAGGAAAAAGCAAAUACCUUUAUGAGAAGACAGAAGAGAGCUUACCCAUAUUAUGAAAGGUACUAUGAAAUGUUCAAGUCCCCGAUGGAGAUGAAGCAAGAACAGUGUGAGCAUUACGCACCCUGUAACUACUACUCUGAAAUAGUGGGAUUUCCUACAGCAUAUCGCCAAUACUUUGGGAGCAUCUGAAUAUAGUCAUUUCUCAUCCGCUGGGACAUCUGCAAGGACAAAGAGUGACUGGUGCAGGGCAGCUUAAGAGAAACAAAAAUAGCAUCUUGUUUCUACUUCACUAAAAAGAGUUUAACAGCAACAUAUUUGCUUUAACAGCAAGAAAUAAGUAGGACAAGUAUUUUCUGAGAACCAACUAAGUACUAGCAAGGUCUUCUUGUAAUUCUAUAAAUUCCAAUAUUUCUUGAAACAUGAAUAACAUUUCAUGGAAAGGGAAUGCAAAAAUUUAUUAAGGUAAUUGAAAGUUGAGGGUCACUUCUAGGGCAAUCUAAUGGUAAAAUUUGUAAUUCUAUAAAGAGAUGCUAUACUAAAUGUUCUCACAUUUCAAACUGCAAUGUGAUAGGAGGAAUUUCUAUGAUGAUGGAAGGUAUUAUUGACAAGGUUUUCUUAUAUCAAUUCAUAAAUUUUUAUAUCAAUUCAUCAAUGCACACUUUUUGUCCUGGUCAUAGAAGCAUUUGAAAUAAAAAAAUAAAUACAAAAAUUCUCAUGUACAAUGCAAGCAUUUCAAAGAAACAUAUUCCUCAACUAUACUAAAGAUAUA